CUGUUAUGGUGUUAAUGGGAAUUUUGGCGUGGUGAAGGCACAUCCCUGAUGGAACAAAGGUUUAUGACAAGAACUGUCAAAAUAUUGGAGUAUUGACUUAAAUGUGUUUAUAGUUUUUUUUACACAAUGGACUUUUAGUAAAUAUAAAGCCACGAUUUCAUCAAAGGAAUAUUUUACCACGACAUUUAUAAUGUCAUCCGUGCAACGGGCUUUUACUCAGAAACUGAGUAAACAGCAUGCAGCUGACGUUAGACGUCAGAUUGCUAGUUCUACCUCAUAUUCGCGUGAUCUGUCUAAGAGUGGCAGCACGUUCUCAGGCUUUUCUUCAACGAUGUCAUUAUGCGAGGUGCUAGAGCCAUUAGACUACGAAGAAUUUCUAGCACAGCAUCAAUCAGUUCUAGACCGAGAUCCUCUUAAGUCCAUAUUAGAUUUUCCACCUGGUGAUGUUGAACUGAAAGUAAUAAACAGGAAGAUUCGAACGGAAGAACCAAUUGUCCCUCAUGAAUCCUUGGAUACAGUAUCUCCUUAUGUUAGAAGAUGUAUUGAAAGUUUUACUUCUGAUUGGGUAGUAGUUCACAGGAAGUACAAGCGGAGAGUAUCUCCUAUUGCAAGGGACAGAUUACUGCAAGAUACCCCGAGACAAGACUUUGAGGUGGAUCAAGAGGAUACGAAUGAUUCAGGAUCACCAAAUGAAGAAGAGGAUUUAUCAAGUUCUGGUGAAACACCAAGAGGAUCUUGGGCAAGUUUAGAUUUGCGACAUUCACAACAUGACCCCCUUCUUCCAAGCUUGUUGGACCGUGUCUGUCCAGAAACUAUUGACCAAAUGAAUGAGCAGAAGAGAUCAGAAGAUCGCCAAGAAGCAUUGUUUCCACUUUAUGCACCUCCAGCUUCCCCAGACGAUGAAUGGCAAGAAAUUAGUGCAGCACCAGAACCUUCAGAACCUUUUUCCCAUAAAAUUUUAGUGAAAUGUCUUCAGUUGAAACUAGAGUUGGAAGUUGAACCAAUUUUUGCAAGUCUAGCAUUGUACGAUGCCAAAGAGAAGAAGAAGGUGUCUGAGAAUUUUUACGUAGACAUGAAUUCAGAAGGGUUGAAAAGGAUGCUUGGAAGUCACAUUGCAUACAGCGAUGCCAGUACCAUGGCAAGAAGCUGUGUGAUGAGUAUCAGUAAACCCAGUCCAGAUUUAUUUUUAGUUGUCAGACUUGAGAAGGUAUUGCAAGGUGAUAUAUCAGAAUGUGCUGAGCCAUAUUUGCGUGAGGAUAAGAAUAAAGAAAAAGUGAGAGCAGCAGCAACAGCUGCAUGUGAACGAUUGGGUCGAUAUAGAAUGCCGUUUGCAUGGACUGCUAUUCACCUUUCCGGAGUAAUAGGAGGAGGCGGGGACACGGAUAGCACUGGAAGUGCUGGAUCUCUGGACAGGAAAUCAGGUGGAUUGGAACAAUGGCGUAAAAAGGUAGAACCACCAACUAGAAGAGGCUCACUGGAAAGAAGGAGUUCUGACAAAAGACGUAGUUGGUCACCGGAUGAUUUUGCUAACUGUCUGGACACAUUUAGGCCAAUCACAUUGACCGUGUCAAGUUUCUUUAAGCAAGAGAGCGAACGUCUAAGAGACGAGGAUUUGUACAAACUUCUAGUAGAACUACGAAGGCCUGGCUCUAAUUUGAAACGAUUAAAAUGCCUGCCAGGUAUUCUGAAACUGGACCUCAGUCCCAGACCUGAGGAACUGCCUAGGUGUCUGGAUCCUGACCUUAGAAAAUUAAUACCAUACCCGGACGAGAAAAGUAGACCGGUUAAAGAGAUACUGGAGUUUCCAAGCGAGGUUGUUUCGCCAGAUCUCACCUAUCGUAAUCUCCUUUACGUCUACCCAAAGGAAGCAAAUUUCAGCUCUAGGACCGGUUCUGCUAGAAACAUCGCUGUGAGAAUUCAAUUGAUGGGUGGUGAACAAGAAGCUGAUGCUCUAACAGCCAUUUUUGGAAGAUCAUCCUGCCCUGAAAUGACUCACGAAUGCUUCACUUCUGUAUCCUACCAUAACAAGAACCCAAACUUCUAUGACGAAGUGAAAAUUCGUCUUCCUGCCGACUUGAGCGCUAAACAUCACUUGCUAUUCACGUUCUACCACAUCAGUUGUCAAAAGAAGGCUGAGCAACCUAAUGUCGAGACUGCUGUAGCGUACACGUGGUUGCCACUUUUGAGAGAUGGACACUUGCAAUCUGGAGAGUUCAGUCUCCCCGCAAUGUUGGAUCCACCUCCAGCAAAUUACUCGUACAUCGCACCGGAUGUCCUGCUGCCUGGUACCAGAUGGGUAGACGCUCACAGAGGCGUUUUCACAGUGAUUCUGGAACCUGUAUCCAGCGUACAUCCUCAAGAUAAAUACAUAGAUAGAUUUUUAUCGCUGUGCGGCUACUUGGAGACCGGCCAAGUGCCCCCGCGAAUUGGCGAAGCGGGAAUGGAGUCCGAAAUAAAGUCAGCCCUGCUGGAAUUGGCAAGAGCAUCUCAUUCUGCUUUAGUACGUUCACUACCUCAACUGCUGGACCAAUUAAUAUCGCUCUUAGUACGCCCUCCGACAUUACCGUCGCAACCACUGAACGUGGCAGCCACGGUUUUCGAGGCUAUAGGUCUCCUGGUGCGAAAUAUCACCAAUUUGCCAGACGGCCAAUUGGACGCCCACGGGAGACACGCGCUUUUGGCCACAUACGUCGCCUAUCAGUGCUCCUUGCCAAGGAUGACCCACACUCAGGGCAUCGUCAGAGCUCAAAGCAACCCUGAUCUACCUCUGGAGGACCUGGAAAUGGAAGUGCAUUCCCGGGGACUUGACCGGACCGCGUCGAUGCGUCAAGAAUCCCCUUCGAUAAACAAUCAGCCAACAAGGAGACUCCUACACGAGGAGUUAGCUCUACACUGGGUUGUGUCUACGGGUCAGGCACGAGAAUUAGCAGUCACCUACUCGUGGUUCUUUUUAGAACUGAUCGUUCGUUCCAUGGUCGUGACGCUGGCAGAGAUGGAUAUGCUUGAGGCUCCACGAAAGUCGAGGUUCUCUCCCCAGUUCUGCGACGACGUGGCUACGCUCACUGCUGCCUUAACGUCGGAGGUGAAAUCGCGCUGCGGAAAGGAGAACAGGGUACCCAACAAUCUGAUCUCGAGUCUCGGUAACUUCCUAUCCGACCUGCUGUCCGUGAUGGACAGAGGAUUCGUCUUGUCCCUCAUGCGGGCAGCGUGUUGCUCUCUGUCGGAUGCAUCCAUGCACAUCCCUGAUUCAGCCGCCCUUUAUGCGCUGAAGCUCGAUCUGGUGCGGACAGUGUGUUCGCACGAGCACUACGUGGCGCUGAAUCUUCCCUUUGGGACGGGAUACACGUCAGGAUCCGCGCCAGCGUCGCCCAGCCCGUCGACGGGCAGUUCGGGCAGCUUGAUAUCUACUCUAGUGCCCGGAGACCGAGCCAGAUUCUCGGAACUCAGUCAGGAAUUCCGACAGCAGCACUUUAUGGUGGGCAUUGUUUUGUCCGACUUGUCGAACACUUUGGAAAUACCGAAUCCCAUGCUGCAAAACAAAGCCAUAGGAACCGUCCGCCAUCUCAUGGCCUGCCAUGAUGUGGACUCGAGGUAUUCUGACCCUGCCGCGAAGGCUAGAGUCGCGGCACUCUAUUUGCCGCUUUUGAACAUCAUAAUGGAUGCCCUGCCACAACUCUAUCAUUGGGAUUCGAAGGACAAGAGCGUGUACCCUGAUGAAUCUGGGUCCAUCACGCAGUCUGUGGCUCUGGCCAUAGCGGGAGGGGUCUCCGCAGACACUGCAGGCACUCAAUGCAGAGUUUCCUUGAGUUCUGAGGCUACGAGACACUUGUUGAUGUGUGUUCUAUGGGUUCUCAAGGGUUUGGAACAGUCAGCGUUAGCGCAGUGGUGUUCAGAGUUAAGUUCCAGGCGUAUAUUGUGCCUUCUUCAGGUUCUGAAUAUUGUUACGGCAGCUUUUGAGUAUAAGGGUAAGAAAGCGCUGAAGAGGCUGCCACCGCAGGCUGCAGCUACCAGUGAUAUUCGGUCCAGACUGGAGGAUGUGAUUCUCGGUCAAGGAAGUGCCAGAAGUGAAAUGAUGUUGCGAAGAAAGGAGAGGAUGAGUGGAGAUAAACUGAGAUGGCGUAAAGAUCAGAUGCCUUAUAGAUCAUGCGAACAGUCAGAAGGGAGAGCCGUGGAACAAGAUGCUCAUAUAGAAGGUGCCUUAGCAGCUGAAGCCUCUCUGGUGGUUUUGGAUACUUUAGAAACAGUUGUUCAGGCUGACGGUGGAGGAGGUGCAGUCGUAGGAGCAGUAUUGAAAGUACUCUUAAGGGCAUUAGCCAGGAAUCAAAGUACAUCUGUACUGCAACACAUGUUCAACACUCAACGUGCUUUGGUAUUCAAAUACCACAGUGCUCUAUUUGAUGAGGAGAGUGAAAGAUGCGGUGAUUUGUGUUUAACAUUACUCACUAGGUGUAGUUCCCCCUUAAGUGCUGUUCGUAGCCAUGCUGCUGCCAGUCUUUAUUUACUGAUGCGUCAAAACUUUGAAAUUGGCAAUAAUUUUGCAAGAGUCAAGAUGCAAGUCACGACAUCCUUGUCAGCUCUUGUUGGAAGAGGAAGAGCUCCCAGUGAAGGAGCACUGAGAAGAGCAUUAAAGACAGUGCUGGUCUACGCUGAGAGAGACACAGAAUUGGCAGACACAAGUUUUCCGGAACAAGUAAAAGAUCUUCUGUUCAAUCUACAUAUGAUCCUCUCUGACACUGUCAAGAUGAAAGAAUUUCAAGAGGAUCCAGAAAUGCUGUUGGAUCUCAUGUACAGAAUUGCUAAGGGAUAUCAGGGUUCACCAGAUCUAAGGCUUACGUGGCUGGCAAAUAUGGCCCAACAACACAUGGAAAGAAAGAAUCAUACAGAAGCUGCCAUGUGUUUGGUCCAUAGUGCCGCUUUAGUGGCAGAAUAUUUACACCUUUUGGAACCAGGAGGUGGUGGAAGACCAGUAGGAGCUGUUGCUUUAGCUCCUGUUACUCCAAAUGCCUUGGAGGAAAGUGCUGUUGGUGAUGAUGUAUUAGCUAGAAGGGAGGAAGGUCUGUGUUUGGGUCCAGAUUUCUCAGAAAGUGGCUUAGCAGGUUUAUUGGAACACGCUGCCAGUUCUUUCCAUGCAGCUGGAAUGUAUGAAGCCAUCCCUGAUGUAUACAGAGUGUUGCUUCCAAUUGCAGAAGCAGCUCAUGAUUAUAAGAAACUAGCUAACAUUCAUGGGAAGUUGCAUGAAGCAUAUACUCGAGUGGAACAAUUAGCAGGAAAACGGGUAUUUGGUACGUAUUUCAGAGUGGGUUUUUAUGGCGGACGAUUUGGAGAUCUUGCUGGCGAGGAAUUUGUUUACAAAGAACCUACUUUAACCAAGCUACCAGAAAUAUUUUCGAGACUUGAGAAUUUCUAUGCUGAAAGAUUUGGCGCUGAGAACAUUGUGAUAAUAAAAGAUUCGAACCCAGUAGACCCUAGUAAAUUGGAACCAGAUAAAGCCUAUGUUCAAAUUACUUAUGUUGAACCUUAUUUUGAGCCACAUGAACUCAGGCAUAGGCCUACUAUUUUUCAUAGGAAUUUUAAUAUCAAGCGAUUUGUGUAUGCAACACCUUUUACACCUGGUGGUAAAGCACAUGGAGAGUUAAGGGAGCAAUGCAAACGUAAAACAAUAUUAACAGUGGCCACACAUUUCCCUUAUCUGAAAACAAGAAUCCGGGUAGUUGCCAGAAAGCAAAUAGUUCUAAGUCCAAUUGAGGUUGCUAUUGAAGAUAUACAAAAGAAGACUGCAGAAGUUGCUGCUGCUACAGCACAAGAACCACCCGAUGCAAAAAUAUUGCAAAUGGUUCUACAAGGUUGCAUUGGAACAACAGUGAACCAAGGGCCAGCAGAGGUUGCAGUAGUAUUCCUUUCUGGAUUAAGGGAACAAAAUGCACAACCCACAAGGUUGCAGCACAAAUUGCGCUUAUGUUUCAAGGAUUUCUCAAAGAAAUGUCUGGAUGCUUUGAGAAGAAACAAAAAUUUAAUUGGGCCAGAUCAAAGAGACUAUCAGCGAGAAUUAGAGAGAAACUACCAAAGAUUAACAGAAAGACUUGCUCCUCUUAUUGCUUGGAGUGGACCUUCAUUAAUGAACCAACAAAGCGUACCAUCAAUAUCACCACGCUGGUAAAAUGACUGAAUUUGCUGCUAUUUAAAAGUUACCAAAGAUCAUUGACAGAAAUAUUGAACUUUCACAUUACCAGCAUAUACUUUUUAUAAUAUACAUAUACAUUAUAUUUAUAUUUACCCAUAUUUCAUAGCAAUAGAGUAUUUUUGUCUGCUGAUAUACAGAAUAUCUUAGGUAAUUUAAUUGAAUGCUAUAUCAGUAUAUAAAGAAAGACUAGAGUAUUAACUAAGAAUAAUUACAACUAGUCCUUUAAAUAAAAUAAAAGACAAUUAAUUGCAAGAAGACUUCUUUCGAUAAUUGAUGAAAUAAAACUAUUAUUUCAUAUGAUAAAGGUUUCAUUGACCAUAGUUUUUAUAUGCUUUUGACUAAAAUUCAUGUAACAUGUGCAGAACUUAACGAGGUUAAGUAAAAAUGUCAAUAUUAAAAUCAUGACACUAAUUUUUUAUGUGACUACUGCUUUAAUAAUUACGUAGAUAAGUAUUAUUUCCAAUUACAUAUAAUAACUUAUAUGAAACGCAAUUUCAAGCUGUGUCUAUAUUUUGCAUUACAAUGCACGAUAUACAGCCUAAAUAUAUCAAAGUUAAAUGUCUAUUUAUGUAUCUAGCAGUUAAGAGAGCUGUGAUUUUCCAAUCAAAUAGUAAUUUAUACGUAUUACCAUGAAACAAUUGCGGAAACUUAUAAUAACAGACUUUUUUUACCAAAACUUUUUAUGAAUGACGAAUAGACUUAGUCAUUUAAACUAUAAUUUAUAUUUUUAUGUUAUACGAUCAAUUAUCGCAUUAUAAGUAAACAUUUUAUCGAAAGAAAAAAAUAAAUAUUUUAUUAAACAAAAAAUGUUUAUAACACAAACUUCUAAUUAUUUUCAUCGAAAAGUCUAUCAUUAAAAGUUUCUCUAAUGUUUAUGAGAAUAAUUAAUUUGAUAUAGGAAAUAUUUGCAGGAUGCUGCCAAUUAAUUUAGUAAAUUAAACAGUAUAACUGGCAAAUGUACUUUUAUAAUACUAAACACAUUUCUCGUAUAUUUUUUAACAUUCUUCAUUAAUUGUUAACAUUCUUAUGCUUCUAGUCGAAAGUAUAAUCACAAUUAGUGAUAAAAAAAUGCGUGCAAGACAUCAAAUGAUACUUGAAGCUUAUUAAUAAUUUAUACAUGCAUAUUAGUAGCAUAAGCUUGAUCCAAUUGUUGCAAAAAUCAUUUAACAAAAAAUCAUUAUAAAAUAUUUACAAAAAACAAUUUUAUUAGAAAAUCUCCUAAAAAUUUCAGAAAAUAUCGUAAAUUUAUAUUUUAGCAAACCGUUGCUUAUGGUAGCAAUAUACAUUAUAUUUAUACACGAGAUAAUUUAACGGAAUUGCCAUGAAUGUAAACUUUUUGUAACUCACGAAAUAAUCGAAAUACAUGUCCAUUUUGUACUUCGCUA